AUGGAGGGUAUACACAGGUGGCCUCCAGGGUCCUUGGCCCCCAGUGGCCUCCAGGGUCCUUGGCCCCCAGUGGCCUCCAGGGUCCUUGGCCCCCAGUGGCCUCCAGGGUCCUUGGCCCCCAGUGGCCUCCAGGGUCCUUGGCCCCCAGUGGCCUCCAGGGUCCUUGGCCCCCAGUGGCCUCCAGGGUCCUUGGCCCCCAGUGGCCUCCAGGGUCCUUGGCCCCCAGUGGCCUCCAGGGUCCUUGACCCGCAGUGGCCUUCAGGGCCCUUGGCCGCCAGUGGCCUCCAGGGCCCUUGGCCCCCAGUGGCCUCCAGGGCCCUUGGCCCCCAAAGGCCUUCAGGGUCCUUGGCUCCCAGUGGCCUCCAGGGCCCUUGGCCCCCAGUGGCCUCCAGGGCCCUUGGCCCCCAGUGGCCUCCAAAGCCCUUGGCCCCCAAAGGCCUUCAGGGUCCUUGGCCCCCAGUGGCCUCCAGGGCCCUUGGCCCCCAAAGGCCUUCAGGGUCCUUGGCCCCCAGUAGCCCCCGGGGUCCUUGGCUCCCAGUGGCCUCCAGGGCCCUUGGCCCCCAAAGGCCUUCAGGGUCCUUGGCCCCCAGUGGCCUCCAGGGUCCUUGGGCCUCAUGGUCUUUGGCCCCCAGUGGCCUCCAGGGCCCUUGGCCCCCAGGGUCCUUGGCCCCCAGUGGCCCCCGGGGUCCUUGGCCCCCAGUGGCCUCCAGGGCCCUUGGCCCCCAGUGGCCUCCAGGGCCCUUGGCCCCCAGUGGCCCCCAGGGUCCUUGGCCCCCAGUGGCCUUCAGGGUCCUUGGCCCCCAGUGGCCCCCAGGGUCCUUGGCCCCCAGUGGCCUUCAGGGCCCUUGGCCCCCAAAGGCCUUCAGGGUCCUUGGCCCCCAGUGGCCCCCGGGGUCCUUGGCCCCCAGUGGCCUCCAGGGCCCUUGGCCCCCAGUGGCCUCCAGGGCCCUUGGCCCCCAGUGGCCUCCAGGGCCCUUGGCCCCCAGUGGCCUCCAGGGCCCUUGGCUCCCAGGCCAGUAUGGCCCCCUAGGGGGAAAGGGCCCCACAGACAUCCCUAGAUAA